AUGAAACAGACUGAUGCGACAUGGAGUGCAGUCUUUGACAGAAAGAGCAAAGCAAAGGUUGAACGGAGUAUUAUUGAUGUCCUCAAGGAGGUCCCCAUCUUUGAGGAGUUGAGUAAUCGUGAAAUUCAAAACAUCGCGCGUAUUGCUUAUCAGCGUUAUUAUAGUGCAGGGGAAGUCAUUAUCCAUGAGGGACAGAAUGCAGCAGGGAUGUAUAUCAUGGUGGACGGACAAGCAGAGGUCACCAAAGCCUUAGAAGAUGGCACAGUUCUUCACCUAACAACUUUAGAAAAUAGCGGCUUAUUUGGUGACGUCGGGUUGUUGGAUAGUUCUCCACGGACAGCUACAGUAAAAGCAACCCGCAACUCAAGCAUUAUCGGCUUUUUCCGUCCGGAGUUGCUUGAGUUAAUGAAUUCAAAUCCAAGACUGGCGUCUAAGGUAAUUUUUAAGUUGGGUCAAAUCCUCACGGCACGUUUCCGGUUUAUACACAGCGAGUUUGAAAAGGCACAGGAAGAGAUUGGUCGUUUGAAGGCACAACUCACAGCAACAUCAAGCACAAACACAGAAGAUAGAGAUGUAGCCUCCAAUGAAACCUCCAUCAGCGGACCGGAGUUGGAAAUUGAAGCACCGGAUUCUAUCAGCCCUAAUGCCUCCGGAGAGGAGGAAAACCGAUGAACAGACCCGCUAAUCAGGAUACGACGACCCACCCCACUGAAGAAGCACCUUCUAAGAUGGUUGAUCCCCCCAGUCAAAUCAACACGGAGCAGUUACACGCACAAACGGCUACACUCGCAAGAGAGACGGUCAUUCCGCUGACGCAAAAUAUUGAGACAAUGACGUCGGAUAUCCGGUUAGUUGUCCGUGAAAGCCACGAACAGACACGUCAAGCACGGGUAGCAAAUGCCUCUCUGAAAAUCAUCGCUUUUGGUACAACUUUGAUUUCGCUUGCAAUUCUCAUCGGCGUUGUCUUUCUGCUCAAGGACAUUCUUGCCCUGGUAGUGAUCUCGUUCCUGAUU